CAGUUCGUUGAAAAUUUCGCACUAUUGCGAUCACUUUUAUCUCUUCGCAACGCCUCGUUUUCUCGCUGAUCACUCUCUCCUGAAGCUCCGAACACGUUCAUCUAUCUCUUCGAUUCAAACCCUACGAAAAAUAUUGAAGGAUCUAUUUCGAACUUCAAUGGAGGUCCCCUCAAGGUCACAGAUGAGGUUUUGAGGUUGGGAAUGUGGUAGUCGGAGUGACACUUAACAGAAGAUAAGCGGUGUUCAGAACGUGAUCAUAUCUGAUUAAAAUUACGUUCUGGUUGGAGCUUCUGCUUUUUACAUACCUAAUUGAAGGAAUGUCGAAGUUUAAAAAUUCAUUCAGCUCUUAAAGUUAUUCUUUGUACACACUAAAAAUUUAACUGCUGAAAUUUUUGGGGAUUGAAUUAUCUAUGCCUGGUAACGAAGUUGAAGACAAGGUUCACAAUUUUUUUGCACCAGACAAUUUGUCCCAAGGACAGGUUGUGGAUGGGAACUGGCCAGUGCUAGGUAAUAAUCCGUGGGUUGGAAGCCAGAGUCAUCUUGUUGUUCCAAACUCCAAGUUGAAAAAUUACAAUCUUCAGCUCUCAGAUAAUGAGAGAGGACAUAGCAGCCAUUCUUUGCGAGUGCCACAUGGCUUGAACUUUACACAAUCUUCUUAUAGGCCAGAUUUUGCAAAAAGUCAGUCUCGAAGCCCACAGACAAAUUUGAAUGGCUAUAUUAAUGAACAACAAGUAUUCCAGACAAGGCAGAAUGAAGCUAACUUUCUGGGAGUGGAUACAGAAUCUGAUCAGCGUAAUGUAACAUCGGGAGGCUUAUCCGUCUAUGAUUCACAGCAAGUGAAUGGUCCUGAAUAUCAUACAAAAGUCUCAGUUGGGCCUGAAACAUCUGAAUCUCCCGUUAGUUUUGAUUUUUUUAGUGGUCAACCGCAGAUGAGCAUCCAGCAACUGGGCAUGCUUCAAUCCUUACCUCAGCAGCAAUCUGGGUUUAGUGACGUUCAGCUACUGCAACAACAACAAAUGUUUAGGAAAAUGCAAGAACUUCAGAGGCAGCAACAGCUUCAGCAGCUAGAAGCAAGGCAACGGAAUUCAAUGAAUCAGUUCUCUGCCAUUGCUAAACAAGGAUCUAGCAACCAUUCAGCCGCUUUGAUUAACGAUACUCCCCUUGCUGAAACAUCUAAUUAUCCUUGGCCUACUGAACUUGCAACAGGUAACACAAACUGGCUGCAGCGUGCUUCUCCGGCUAUGCAAGGAUCUUCUAGCGGACAAAUAUUUCCCCCCGGGCAAGGUCAGACAAUGUGCUUAACGGGAUUGGUUCCUCAACAGGUUGAUCAAUCUCUUUAUGGGGUUCCUAUCUCCAGCUCAAGGGGCAAUCAGAACCAGCAUUUUCACAUCCCUCUGGACAAGCUUCCAAUGCAGCAAAUGUCAACCUGCAGUAAUUCCUUUCCAGGUAACCAAUAUUCUGUAUUGCCAGAUCAGGUUAGCAUGCAGGGUGAAAGUUUGGUGUCUGGACAGGGAUUUCAAGGUAAAAAUACAGUUGGGCAUGCUUCUGAUCAAGGUUUAAAUAAUGGGAUGAAUUUGGAGAACCGCCUGCAAAUGAAUGCCCUUCAAAGAAAUGAGUCCAUGCAGGAAUGCCACGGAAGGCAGGAGCUGGCUGGUUCAUUAGAAAAGUCACAGGAAAAACCAUUAAUGGAGGUCGGUCCUUCAAAGAAUGCGGUUGGCCUAGACCCUACGGAAGAAAAGAUUUUGUUUGGUGCAGAUGAAAAUAUAUGGGAUGCUUUUGGUGGGAGUAUCAACGCAAGUGCAGAAGGCUGUAAUCCGUUAAAUGGUACAGGAUUUUUGAAUGGUUUCCCUUCUGUUCAAAGUGGGAGUUGGAGUGCUCUUAUGCAGUCUGCGGUUGCGGAAACCUCUAGCAGUGACAUAGAAUUGCAGGAAGAGUGGAGUGGUCUGAGUUUUCAGAAUACGGAGUUUCCAACACGGAAUCGUCAGUCUUUAGCAUAUAAGGAUAGUGAAAAACAACAAUCAGUUUUGGCUGAUAACAAUUUGCAGACUGCAUUAAGUUCUAGAUCUGUUACCCUGUCAUCAGAUCCCAAUAUGAAUAACAAUUUCUGUGCCCCAGGGUCUCAGCAACUUGAACACAAAUUUUCCUACGAACAUGGAGAAAGGCUAUCUCACAGAUCCAUCCAGCAAUCUUCAGAUCAAGGAAGCAAGUGGUUAAAUCGAGGUCCUUUACAAAAGCCGCCUGCCGAAGAGAGUCAGGUUUAUGGAAAUGCUGCUCGUUCUUUAGACACAGAAAUGAAUGCAAAGAGCAAUGCUCUUAGAGGUUCUUGGACCCUUCAAAAUGGCACGUCCUCGUAUCACUCUGGGGGCCAACCACGGAAGAAACCAAAUGGUUGUAAUGUUAUUGAGUCUGUAUCACAAAGUGAACAUGCAACUUCAAAAAAUAAUGAGAAUGACAACUCUCUGCAAUUUUCACAAAGUAAUCAUCAGAAAGGACUAAUGUAUGUGGAAAUCGGUCACGUUGAUGGUAUAUGUAAUAUUGAUUCUCUUCCUAAUUCAACUGUUGAAUUGGAACAUGCCAAAUCUGCCAUGAGAAAUCCAGAGGUAAACAGAGAGGACUCUAGUUUGAAUAAUGUUGGGCUCAUAAAAAAUUCAAGAACUGCAAGGGCCAGACAGGAAACCAGUGAACUGCUUCCAAAUAGUCAUAACCUUAAUUCCUGGAGACAUGUUGAUUCUUCAAUGAAAUGUGGAGGAAGUGAAGCUUCAGGGAAACCGCAGAACAAGGGUCUUCAGAUUUUGGAGUCACCGGUGAAUAGCUCUGAUAGGGAGGCGGUCAGAAUAGAUGAGAUGGAGAACCAUGAUAAAAAGGAGAAUCCUAGUGACGGCUAUCGCUCCCACCGCAAUUCCACUGGUGGGUUGAGGGAAAAUGUUUGGUCAGAUGCAAAUGAUUCACGGAUUCUACAUGCAGGCAAGCAAAAGUCAUCUGGUCAUGCUGGUCGGAGAACUUCUGCCCCUCGUAAAUUUCAGUAUCAUCCAAUGGGAAACUUGGAUGAGGAUGUGGAACCUUCUUAUGGAACGAAACAGUCUACCCAUUCACAGGCCGUGUCCCAGCAGAUUUCUCGAGGAUCAAAAAGUCAGAGUCAAGGGUACUUUGGGCAGUCAAAUUUUUUUCGCCCCAUUCCUAAAAAAUCUACGGAGAUGGAAAAGGGACAUUUACCUGAUUUUCAAGAAAACACAACAGAGUUUGACGAGGUGCCUUCCAGAGGCAUUCUUCCAGGCUCUCUGCAUAAUAUGUCUACUCCCUUCGAUAGAUCUGUCAGCAAAUAUGCACCAAAUAGGGAUGCUCCAUCAAGUCAAAAUAUGCUUGAGCUUCUUCACAAGGUGGAUCAAUCGAGGGAAUGUGGCACACCGAUGCAUUUCAGCUCUUCUGUGCACAAUCCAUCAUCUGAGAUACCCAAAGUAGAUAAUUCUGAUGGAUCUGUCGGUCACCUUCAGAAAAAUCAUUCUUCUGCUUCUCAUGGUUUUGGUUUACAGCUGGCACCUCCAUCACAACAGUUACCUGUUCCAGAUCAUACAUUGUCCUCUCAGAGCCUUGCACAGACGAUAACUUCUGCUAGUUCAAGUAACACCACUACUGAGAUAAAAGACAAGGCUCGUACGACGUUGGCACCUGCAGCUCAAACUCAAUCUUUGUCUCCUUUUUAUGGAACAUCUCAAGGAGAAUUCAAGAAUAGUAAACUUGAUAUUUCAGGACAAACUGGCAAUGAAUCCUCACAGUAUAAUAUGCAGAGAACCUCCUCUUCAGCAUUGAAUUCUGGUCUUCCCCAUUCCAGAAGUCAGCACGUGACCAGUACGAGUGGACAAGUGACAACAAAUCGUUCUAUGAAUACACCUUUUGACAGGCUUGCUUCCCAUUCUAAAGAGGCAGAUGAUUCGUCUAUUCAAACUCUUACUGGUCAGUCUGCACCGGUAUCUUUGCCUAGUACCGUUGGCCAUAUUCCGCAUGGAGUCUUAGCCCCGCAAAUUUCAGCGGGGGAAGCUGUGCGUGUCUCCCAGCCUUCCAUUACAUCUGGGAUCUCUCAACAGGGUGCCUCCUUGAAAAGAAUACCUAACUUGUGGACUAGUGUUCCAGUGCAGCAACGUUUAUUAGGUGCCCAACCUCGCAAGGCUCCUUUGAAUUUUUUCCAUUCCAAUCAAUCAAAUAUUAACGUGGAUUCAACUUCAUGCGCUCCACAGAAUUUAGAGGUUGAAGAUUCCCGUAAAGGAGGCAGUGGCCCAUCUGCAUUUGUUGCUAGUUCUGCGAGCUCACAAGAUUUUGUCUCUGGUGAAGAGCAGUCAGAGAGAGAAAGCACCAGUCAGCGAGCUUCAUCUGGGAACAUUUUCCGUGCCGAAAAGACGUGUGCUUCUCAAGAGAAUGAAACCACUGUCAAGCAUCUCACAGAUGCAUCUCCUCUGAACCCUGCUUCAACUCAAAGAGACCUUGAAACCUUUGGUCAUUCUUUAAAACCAAAUAAUUUCUUGCGUCAAAAUUACUCCUUGCUGCAUCAAAUGCGGGCGAUGAAGAGUUCAGAGAAUGAUCCAAGUAAUAGGGAGUUAAAGAGAUUUAAAGCAACACACAGUGGUCAGGGAGUUCAGCAGGAAGCUCCAAGUACAGGACUGUCAAACGAUUACAUUACUAGGGAUGGAGAUGCAUUAGUUCAUCGUAACGCUGUUCCAUCUGGAGAUUCUAAAAUGCUAAGCUUCUUAGGUUCAGUAAAUAAUUGUGAAAGAAAUUCAUCUUCUCAAUUUGGCAGUGUACCAUCUCAGGAUAUACUUGGAUUUAGUCGGGAUGAUCCUCAGAUUUGCCCUGCUAGUAAUAAUACACCUUCUGUUAGACCUGAACAUUCUCAGAUUAGUCCUCAGAUGGCACCCUCUUGGUUUGAUCAAUUUGGAACCUUUAAAAAGGGGCAAAUGUUGCCGAUAUAUGAUGCACAAAAAACUGCUGCUGGUAAGAGUUUGGGACAACCGUUCACUCUUGGGAAGCCUUCUGAUAGUGUGCAUGCACAUAAUUCAACAGUGCAAGUAAAUGCUGAUGCUGAUGCUGAUGCAAGUCAGGUUGGUAAUACUUCAAUCCCGAUUGCAGCUGCAAAUGAGCAUUUCUUUUCUCUCCAUUCAUUGCCUCCGGAUGUCAUUGAUCAGCGUCUGGUCAUUGUGAGACCAAAGAAGCGCAAAAGUGCAACAUGUGAGCUUCUUUCUUGGCGUAAAGAAGUCACACAGGAUUCCCAAAGUCUUUGGAGUAUCAGCAUGGCAGAAGUAGAUUGGGCCAAAACAUCAAAUCGGCUGAUUGACAAGAUUGAAGAUGAGGCUGAAAUGAUCGAAGAUGGACCACCAAUGCUUAGGCCAAAAAGACGGCUUAUCUUGACCACACAGCUAAUGCAGCAACUGUUCCGCCCUCCCCCAGCAGCAGUUCUCUCUGCAGAUGCUGGUUCUAACUAUGAGAGUAUUUUGUACUCGGUUGCUAGACUAGCAUUAGGGAGUGCAUGCAGCCUAAUCUCUUGCUGGGGAACUAUUUCUCACGGGCUUCAUGACAAUAUAAACCUCUCGUCUGAUAAGCAUAAAUCUUCUGAGAGAAUUGGUCAUUGGCAUAUUUCAAAAGUCAUGGAAGACUACAUUGGUAGAGCACAGAAGCUAGAAAAUGAUUUCUUGAGACUGGACAAGAGAGCCUCAGUCUUGGACCUACGAAUGGAAUGCCAGGACCUAGAAAAGUUUUCUGUCAUCAAUCGUUUUGCCAAGUUCCACGGCAGGGGGCAAGCUGAUGGGGCUGAGUCCUCAUCAUAUCCUGAUGCAGCUGCAAAUGCUCAAAAACCUUUCCCCAAGAGAUAUGUAACUGCACUUCCAAUGCCUAGGAAUGUCCCUGACAGAGUACAAUGUCUUUCACUUUGAUCAUUGAUUUAAUUGAUUUUUCCCCUUUACUGGUCAUCUGUCUCCGCAUCCCUCUGCUACCCUAAUCAAUUUUCUUGCAAGCAAUACGCUGGCACUUGCACCAACACAAAUAGUUGCACAUCCAUAUCAUGAAAAUGGAUAUUCGAUAAGUCUCCUUGCAAGCAAUGGAGGCUGUUGAUAUUCUCUGUCAAUGCCAUAACUUUCAUUAUUGAGAAUAUAGAAAAGAGUCCUUGUACAUUUCUGAAAUUUAAACAAACUGGGGUGCCCCCAUCAUUUUUGCAGCAAAUGGGGAGAAUAUAAAUGCAGCCAUAUUUUCUGACGAUGUUCACACUUGGCCUUCAAUUAGACAUAAAUAUAAAUUCUUGUUCUUACCAGAUUGUAGCAUUGUUUUUUACUUGCAAAUUGGCCCAGGUCCAAGUUAUUCCUAAAUGAUAUCAAUGGUCAUAACGAUUUCCUUGGUUUUUUUCCUUUGUGGUUGAAAAGAUGGCCAAAUUUGUUGUCUAAACAUCCACCCAAAAACUGAUUUAGCUGCCAUAGCCUUUUUGUUGCUGUUGAACUUAUUAAACUUCAAAAUAGGAUUCGAUCCGGGCAUUUUUUGUUUUUUGCAUUGGCGUCCAUGACUUGCUGUAGGCUUCAAGUACAAGCAAGCACUUCUUAAAGGCACCGGUUGUGGUGCGUGUUUUUUUUGUUUCCAACUGCACAAAUUCUCAAGGGAUUAGUGUAAGCAUAAGCAGCGGCAGUGCAAUUUAGGAUAUGGUACUGCAACAUUUAGUCUAAUUUCCAUCUCCCAAUAUCAGAAACGGCAGACCAGAAACAUGACCAUAGCACAAAAUUGGCUCUUCUAUAAAGGCAACCAUUAGACAUGAAACACUUGCCCUUUUCACCGAGAAGGGCAACAAAAAAAAAAAAAAAAAAAAAAAAACAA